CGACCAUCCAACUCAACAACUCAUUUAUCCACCCUGUUUCACUACUCGUCCCUCGCGCAUUCGACCCCGCUCAUGUUCUAAUCUAGAAGCGGGUCGCCAUGCGCCUCUCGCUGCAUACUAUCAUCGAUCUCUCUCAGGAACCAUGAAGUACCUGUGGCUAUGGCGUUUCCUGCCGUUGGCGUUGCUGCUCCUGCAGACGCUGGUGGCUGCGUCCGAAGGCCACCCUGAUCGUGAAUCUACCACCGAUGUCACCCGCCAACCACCACCCGGCUCAACUCAGCCCCCAGGCGGGGCGGAAGACCUUGAGCCCCUACCUGGACAUGAACAUGUCGAGACCGCUUUGAAAAUCCUCCACGACGCCAAACUCCCCGCCACCACUCUCGACAAACCGUCCGGUAUCCUGGGAUACACCUGGCACUAUGCACGACAGGCAAUCCGCCUAUUAUUUCUAAACGGGCCAUCAUCCGAUGGAACCGACUCCAGAAAGGUCCACCGAGACGUCGCCAAAGCCGUCAACGAGCUCGAGUUCGCCGCGGAGGAGGAGCUGAACCCCGACGCCAUGUUCCUUCUCGCCGAGAUGAACUUCUACGGCAACUUCACCCAUCCCCGAGAUUUCGGGCGCGCCUUCCACUGGUAUCAGACCCUUGCAUAUCUUGAAGGCAAUAGCACCGCGCAGUAUAUGGUGGGAUUCAUGUAUGCCACUGGGAUCGGGGGCGCCGUACAACGCGACCAGGCCAAGGCGCUGGUCUACCACACUUUUGCGGCCGAGGCAGGGAAUACAAAGUCGGAGAUGACGCUUGCAUACCGCCACCACUCUGGCAUCGGAACUCCGCGCGACUGCGACCAGGCGACGUAUUACUACAAGCAGGUGGCAGAUAAGGCCAUCGAAUACUACCGGUCGGGGCCGCCGGGCGGCCAUGGCAUGAUCAAGGAGUCAUACCGUUGGGCCGAUGAAGAGGGCGGUGUCUAUGGGGAGGGUGCUAGUAUGUCGAGCUCGGGUCCCAGCGCCUUGCGGGAUGUCCACACCAACACCGAGGCGAGUCUGGAAGAUGUCCUGGAGUAUUUGGAUCUGAUGUCACGGAAAGGGGAGCUCAAGGCCACGUUUAGUCUGGGGAAGAUGCACUACGAUGGCGGUCGGGGAAUGGCCCGGAAUUUCCGCAAGGCCAUGAAGUAUUUCAAGCAGGUGACGAAGCGAUACUGGAAUAAGGAUGGAUCCAUCAACCCCAACCACCCCUCGGGAGUCGAGAAACUCUCGUCCAAAGCGGCGGGUUUUAUCGGAUUGAUGUACCUCCGCGGAGAGGGUGUCGAGCAGAAUUUUGCGACUGCACUGACUUGGUUCAAGCGGGGCCUUGCCAACGGGGACGCGAUCUGUCAACACCAUAUUGGACUGAUGUAUCUCAACGGGUAUGGUGUCCCUCAAGACGCCUAUCGAGCAGCGUCGUACUUCAAGUCAGCGGCAGACCAAGAUAUUGCCGCGGCGGAGACGCAACUCGGCGCCUUAUUCCUGGACCAGGGCGACAUUCCCACUGCCACCCGGUACUUCGAGCUCGCUGCCCGCUGGGGGUGGAUGGAGGCCUUUUACUACCUGGCAGAGAUGUCGAACAAUGGCAUCGGCCGGCAACGGAACUGUGGCAUGGCCGCGUCGUACUACAAGAUGGUCGCCGAACGCGCGGAAGCGAUCCACUCGUCUUUCCCCGAGGCGAAUGCGGCGUACGAGAGGGGCGAUUCGGACACUGCACUGAUUGCUACCAUGAUGGCCGCGGAGCAAGGCUAUGAAAGUGCGCAAGCCAACGUGGCAUUCCUGCUCGACGAAGAGAAGGCGCUGUUUUCCCUCCACCGGAUCUUGCCAGGCGCCAAACCGGAACGACAUUCCUUGCUCCGCAACGCUGCGCUGGCCUUGAUCUACUGGACACGCUCGGCCAAACAAGCGAACAUCGACUCUCUGAUCAAGAUGGGCGAUUAUUACCUGGACGGCGUGGGCAUCGCGCCGGACGCAGAGAAAGCAUCGACCUGCUACCAUUCGGCGGCGGAAGCGCACUACAGCGCGCAGGCAUUCUGGAACCUCGGCUGGAUGCACGAGAACGGAAUCUCCGUGGAGCAGGACUUCCACAUGGCCAAGCGGUACUACGACCUGGCGUUGGAGACCAGUCCUGAGGCUUACCUCCCGGUCAAGCUCAGCCUGCUGAAGCUGCGGGCGCGGAGCUACUGGAACCAGAUCACGAACGGGAAGAUCAACUCGAUCCAGGAAGACGAAGAACCCAAGCCGCGACGGACCUUGAAGGAAUGGAUCACGGCAUUCAUCGAGAACGACGAGGAAGAGGAAGCGCACUACCGCGCCCAGAUGUACCAACAGGACGAGGAGGACGACUAUCUGUCCGGCGGGGACCGUCUGGACGACCGCGACGACGGGUACUACGACGACCUGGAGCUAGACAUAGACGAGAGCGUCCUGGAAGGACUCAUCAUCGUGGGGCUGGCUGCGGCGUUGCUGAUUCUCGUCUACGUGCGACAGCAGCGGAACCGACCCCGGCAAGACGAGAAUGCCAACCCGGCCGACGCCGCCAAUGCGAAUAACAACCAGGGGCUGUUCCCUCGCCCGGGGGAGCCUGAGUUCGCGCAGUGGGUUGCUGGCGGGGUGGGGCAUUGAUUGGCUCGUAACUUCUGGCGAUGUUGACUGUACAUGUAAUAUGAUGAUCAAUUUUAUGAUGCGUUUGGAUAUGAACCCG